GUGAGGCUGACAGACUGAGAGGAGACCAAACCUCCGUCCACCACGACGCACAGCAGCGGCACACAGCUCCCCGAAGUGGGAGGAAAGGUACGACAGUCGAGGAGAGAAAAGCUGGAUACGGGAAGAAAUAAUAUCUGUUUACACGAGGAUGUACUGUUUACGCUGGCUAACCAGAUAAAGCGGCAGAGACGAGGACCCGGACUUCAUAUUCCUAAUACCGCUGCUGCUCCGCUGUUUGGGUCGGGAGGAAGAGACACAAACGCCGUGAACACAACGGUUAUCAUCUGGUAGAGGAAAGAAAAAGUGGAGCAGAGGACUACUUUAUCUGCGCAGCUUUAAUGAAGAAGCAGACCUGCUAACAUUUUUGCAGAAGGGACCCUCUUUAUCAAGUAUGGGGUCACCAUGGAAACCAUUUCUCUUCCUGUCUAUCAUCAGUGGCCUUUCAGAUUUUGCAAGAGCGGUUGCAGCACGGCCUAUAUCAUAUGCAGCAGUAUUACGAAUGAAACCAGACAGCUCGUCAGUGCUCAACUCGCGCAGCAGACCUCGACAACACCACAGUGGUGGGCUGGUGACUCCUGACUGGCCUGCUUUCUCCAGUCACCCCCUGUCAGCUGUGAGUCUGCUCAGCUCUCAGGAGGACUACAGGAGUGAAGAAAUUGAGGAGUUUGGACCUGUUUUUACCCAGGAGCCAGAGGAUGUUAUUUUCCCCUUGGAUUCUGAUGAAAAGAAGGUAGUGAUGCACUGUGAAGCACGAGGGAAUCCACCACCCACAUACAGUUGGUAUAUCAAUCGGACAGAAGUGGACACAGAGGGAGAUUAUCGCUACAGCUUCAUUGAUGGAAAUUUAAUUAUUACAAAUGCAAGUGAGAUCCAUGACUAUGGGAAGUACCAGUGUAAAGCAGAGAACAGCUUUGGGACCGUGCUGAGUCGAGAAGCUCUUCUACAAUUUGCAUAUCUCGGUGCUUUCAGUGGGAAGACCAGAGGUGGAGUUUCUGUGCGUGAAGGCCAAGGUGUGGUGCUCAUGUGUACCCCUCCUCCUCAUUCUCCAGAGAUCAUCUACAGCUGGGUGUUUAAUGAGUUCCCCUCCUUCGUUGCUGAGGACAGUCGACGCUUCAUCUCCCAGGACACUGGAAACCUCUACAUCUCCAAGGUGCAGCCGUCUGAUGUAGGAAGUUACAUCUGUCUGGUGAAGAAUACGGUGACAAACGCAAGGGUACUGAGUCCUCCAACGCCCCUAACGCUGAAAACUGACGGUGUCAUGGGUGAAUAUGAGCCUAAAAUUGAAGUGCAUUUCCCUACAUCUGUUCUGGCUGCCAAGGGAGUGACUGUCAGGCUGGAGUGCUUUGCUCUAGGGAACCCAGUGCCAACAAUCACAUGGAGGAAGAUAAAUGGCAACAUCCCCAAAAAAGCAAGACUCAGGAAGUCACAAGCUGUGCUGGAAAUUCCCAACAUUCAGCUGGAGGACUCGGGAACUUAUGAAUGCAAAGCUGAGAAUCCAAGAGGAGGCACGGCGUUCAAAGGACAUCUUCAAGUCUACACCCUCCCUCAGUGGGUCAGAAUGAUUAAUGACACUCAGAUGGAUAGUGGAGAGAAGCUCCAAUGGGAGUGCAAGGCCAUGGGGAGGCCCCGGCCCACCUAUCGCUGGCUCCGUAAUGGGUUGCCCUUGACAUCCCAGGGUCGAGUUGAAAUACUGAAUGGAGAGCUGACUAUACAUAAAGUGCAGCAGACAGACUCAGGAAUGUACCAGUGUGUAGCUGAGAAUAAAUAUGGAGCCAUCUACUCAAAUGCAGAACUCAAGAUUUUAGCAUCUGCCCCUGUCUUUGUCCACAAUCCUGUUCGGGUCAUUGCCACUCUUGGAAAAGAUGUUUCACUGGAAUGCAAACCCAGAGCAUCGCCCAAACCUCGGAUAACAUGGAGGAGAGGGGACAGAAGAAUACAGCAGAAUAAAAGGAUUAUGCUGUUACGGAACAACACUCUGAGAAUUGUUAACUCCAGCCGAGCGGAUGAGGGGAACUAUGUGUGCCGGGCGGAGAAUCAGCUAGGCUCUGCAGAGAUGACUGCCAUACUGUGGGUAAAAGAGGCCAUGCGUGUGGAGCUGAGCCCGAGCAGAGUGGAAGUGACGGUGGGGGAGAGUGUGGUGCUGAGCUGCAAGGCGGCACACGACACAUCGCUGGAUGUGGCUUUCCAGUGGUUCUUCAACCAGAAACCGAUCAACUUCCAGCAGGACGGAGGGCAUUUUGAAUACAUCCAAACAGUAAGAGCGAGACAGUCUUCUACAGUGGAUCUGAUGAUUAGGAGCAUUUUGUUGAAGCAUGCUGGAAAGUACGGAUGCCGAGCCCAGACCAGUGCUGACACUGUGUUUGCAGAGGCUGAGCUUCUUGUUAGAGGUCCUCCAGGACCCCCUGGAGUAGUGAUAGUGGAGGAGAUCACAGAUACUACGGCUACCCUCUCCUGGACCCGUGGUGUGGACAACCACAGCCCUAUCAGCACCUAUAAUUUACAGGCCCGCAGCCCAUUUUCAUUAGGCUGGCAAACUGUCAAAACAGACCCAGACCCGGUGACAGGGGACAUGGAAUCUGCCAUGGCUGUGCAGCUCAAUCCAUGGGUGGAGUACGAGUUCAGGGUGGUGGCAAGCAAUGCAAUCGGCACCGGAGAUCCUAGCGCUCCCUCGAGAGGAGUCAGGACUAAAGAAGCAGUCCCGUCAGUGGCACCAGCAAACGUCAGCGGAGGAAAUGGCCGCAGGCAUGAACUGGUCAUCUCGUGGGAGCCUGUGUCUGAAGAGUUCCAAAACGGCGAGGGCUUUGGAUAUAUUGUUGCAUUUCGUGCCAACGGGUCCAGAGGCUGGAAGGAGAAGAUGGUGACUUCAGCAGAUUCAACAACGUACAAAUACAGAGACGAGACUUUCCCUCCCCUCACCCCGUUUGAAGUUAAAGUUGGCGUGUACAACAACAAGGGAGACGGGCCGUUCAGCAAAGUCGUCGUCAUCCACUCUGCUGAGGGCGAGCCAAGAGAACCACCGUCUGAUGUGAAGGCUCACAGCAUUUCAUCAUCAGAAAUUCGGAUCACUUGGAAACCGCCCAAUCCAGGCCCAGGAAAACCAAGAGGAUAUGAAGUCAGCUACUGGAAAGAUACAGAGCAAGAAGAGUCUGCAAAGAAACAGAGAACUUUGAAGAAUGAAACAUCCAUGCUCCUGACAGGACUGGAGGGCGACAGUAUGUAUCACAUCACAGUAAAAGGAUUCAACAGCAUCGGCCAGGGUCCUGCUACUGCUGCUGUCACAGCCAGGACCAGGAAAGCCCCUCCCGCUCAGCCUCCGUCCAACCUCAUGUGGAUUCAAGAGGGCAACAACGUGACUUUUAGCUGGGACCCAGUGAAGGCCAAAGACAAUGAAUCUGAUGUCAUCGGGUACAUGGUGUUACUCAGACAGGAGGGCAGAGGCCACAACCAGGUGACAAGAACCAUUAACCCCUCCACCAUACUCUCACUGCCAGAGGGAGGCACCUACAUCAUUGAGGUGCGGGCUCUCAGUGAAGGGGGAGAGGGAGCGGUCAGCUCCCAGGUUCGACUGGUCACCUCCUCCGGUGUUCGAGCAAAAAGCAGCCAGUGCUCGGUGCACUGCCCACCUCAGAGCCUAACAUGGACAGCACUGCUGCUGGUUCUCCUGGUGCCUUCAGUUUCCUGGUGAGGCCACUGUGCCAUCCUCAUCGUCAUGGAGGGAGCCACCAGUCUUCUGCUCCCUCGUCCCCUCUGACUGCCUGAUUGCUUUGGCCUUAACCCAUCCCAGAGGGCCGAGGUCUGCCAAAGGGGGUUCAGUGUGCCAGUUUAACAUGCGGCUCUUCGGAGGUCAUCCUUUAAGUUCCCAGUUUCUUUUGAGGCCCUGGACAUUUGAUUUGCACAGCUCUUUCCAACAUGACAGUAGUGUUGUACUGUAGUGUACAUUGUGUGGGAAGAUUGGUUUAAUCAUUCACUCUAACAUCAUGUGUUGCCCUCAUUGACUGGCGUCUAACCACUUUUAGAAGGCUGCUAUGGCUCUUUGUCUCUGCAGAGCGUGAACAAUUCCUCGAAAGCUGCUGUGGUAGUAAUACAGGGAUCAGCCGGCCUGUUUCUUUUCAUUACUUAUCUGCAUCAAUUUACCCCUUGGCCGCCUAACAAGCAAUGCAGCAGAAGCUCAGUAGAGAUAAGUGCAUUGUUUUCUUAUUCACACAUUGAGGAGAAAAAAAAACGUUUUAUAUGGAAACAAGAAUCUUACUAUUUCCAGACUUGCUUUUUGUACAUUGUGUUACCUUUAGAGAACAAACACAGUGGUGUGCUAUGUCAAACUCUCUGUUUUUUGGUAGUGGUUAAGCAACGAUUGGUGAUACAGUUUGUUGACUGUUGGAUGUACGGAAGUAGGAAACAGGUCCUUACCUGUAGAGCCCAAACACUUCAAUAGACAAAGACAAC